UUCUGAUGCAGACACCAUCUGCAGGGUAUUAUUAUUCCUCUUGGGAGAUCAGAUAAAAGGGACUCUUGGUGCUAACAUUUGUACAUCACUUAGAGUGGUGGGGGCCUCAACCAGAUUGGGCCUGGGGAAUGCCUCUCUUGGACAAGCAUCCUUAUUGAACUUGAAAUGUGGCAGUGCAUUGAUGCCCUGGUCAUGGCCAGAGACCUCAGGUGUCAUGCAAGUGCAGACCAGAAGUGGUCCCUGCCUUUGGCCAGAUCCCACUUGCCUUCUCAAAGCCAUUCUGUGACUGGCUCACAGGCAUGUGACUUGGUAAUCACACAGUGGAAAAUUUUCCAUUGGUUUCAGUUGGCACCAGGGUCUGGACUGGAGCAGCCAGUCCGUGUAGUCAUCCAGUGGCUGAGGUCCUCCACGCUCGUCCCUCAGGCCACCACCCCUGGAGAGGGACAGGAGGGCUGGAAGGGAGCUGGCUGACAUGUCCCUGUGCUUGGGUGGCCAGGGGCUUGCUUUCACAUUCUUUGUUGCCUCAGGGUGACUGCUGAGGCCACUGUGCUUGCCCCAAGUCCAAUGCCAUGGGGGUCCCCAAGGCUUGCAGGCGAGGUGCUGGCUGCACCUUCUCCUGUGCAGCAGCUACCCCGAGGUGAAAAGACACAGCUUUUUGUGAAGUGGAGCCAGCACAGAGGAAUUUGCUGCUAGUGGACAGCUGUUGUCCUGGGCCUGGCUCGUGUCCUCCAGCACUUCUCACCCAGCACUGCCUUGGGAAGGGGAAUGGGAGCUGCCCACCCUCGACUCCCUGUGCCGGGCAAGUGGGUGCCACCUCGGGCUAAUGGGGGUGAAUAGCUGCGGUGGAGCCUAGCAGCAUCCUGCUGCCUCUGCAGGGAUCCUCUUGGGCAGCGGAGAGUUUUCCCCACCCCCAGCUCUGCCGCUGCCUCUUUGUUUUCUGGCAGAAGCCUCUGUGCCUUUUCAUUGCCGUUGAGGCGCCGAGCAGGAGCCUACAUGUGCCGUGUGUGCGUCUCGCCGGGAAUGUGAUGCGGGCUGGGAAUCCUGCCGGGCCAGGCAUCUCCCCUGCAGGGCAGCGGGGGCCAAACAGCAGCUUCAGGGGUCUCCUUUCCAGGGGACUGUUCCUCCGGUCGAGUAAGGCUUCGAGGCAGCUGGUCUCCUCCACAAAACCCUCUCUUGCAUUGGCAGCGCUUCUGCACCUUGCCACAAGUAGAGCAUCAAAGCUGCAGUGCCCAUGGAUUAUGACCACAGGGGAGCUGUGUUGCAUCCGCAAAUCUCCGUUGUGCAUCAAGGGCACAUCUGAACAGAGCCGCUGUGGACACUGAAGAGCUGGAGAGGACGUUGCAGAGGUUCGGAGGCACACCGUGAUGGUGGGAGCCAUUCCACGGCAGCCACGCCGCUUCUGGGGGGUGCCUGACUGGCAGGUGUCUUCAGCUAAUUGUGCCAACGACCGCCUGCUGCAGGGCAGGGAGGUUAAUCUGGAGCAAAGCAGGGUCCUGCUGCAGAGGGAUGCUGUGCUGCAGAGCACCUCAUAGUAGAGGGCUCACACAGAGAUCGUGAGUGAGAGGGGAUCCAGCUCCCACCCCCCUGCCCUUGCACCCUGACGUGUGGCACUUUACAGUCCCCCUCCUGCUGCCGCAUGGGCUCCGCCCGGAGUCCCAGCAAGUGAGGCUCCAUGCGGCACAUCCACACAGAGACGUCCCUGCCCCCAGAGCGCAGCACGGACCCCAGCCUGUCCCGGCCCAGCGGGGAGACACCCUUGGAGCCUUCCUCGCAGUGCUGCACCCACCGCAGCAUCCUCAUGGGCUACAACGAGACAGAAAUCAAGCGCCAGAAGGUUUACCAGGUGUCCAUCUUCUCCCAUCUCUCCAGCUCCUCUGAGAGCACAGAGCAGCGGGCAGGCACCCGGCCAGCUGUCAAGAGAGGAUACCCCGAGCAGCGAACUCCGGAGGGGGGGCGAGAUCCCAAACGAACUCACUGGGGUGACAGGGGGGUGGAUGGGGGCCCUGGGCAGCCUUCCCUGGAUGAUGAUGAUACUUUUGAGGAUGGUCUGCUGGUGGAGGAGCUCUCGCUCUGUGGCUCUGCCCAGCACUUCUCCCACAGUGGGCUGCGGGUGGUGGAGCACCGCUGUGAGGGCAGCCCUAGCCACAGCCCCAAGGCCAGCAGAGAAGACAAGUCGCAGGAUGUCUCCUCCUCCUCCUCUUCUUCCUUUUCCUCCUCCUCCUCCUCCUCCUCCUCGUCAUCCUGGCCCCGGCACAUUGCUUGCAGUACUUUGCACAUGAGAGACAGUUGCCCUGUCUCAUCAGGGGAUCAGCUCAUAGACUAUGGAGAGAAUGGGGAGCCAGCAAGUGGCCACAAUGUACUUCACCUUGAAUUGCACAGUAUUGCACAAACAACCCAGUUGGACCCUGGUGGGAAGAGAGAGAAGCCAGGGAGCAGCCCAGCUUGCACCAGCAGGGCUAGCGGAGAAGUGGAAGGGCCAGUGAUGGCCAAUGGGUGCAGGGAGCCCCCCACUCCACAGACAGCGCUCAGUCCCGAGCCCAGCAACCUGAGCUCCCAGGAGAUGACGCCCUGUGGGAGCAGCCAGCUCAGCAGCACCUGCCCAGCCAAAAGGAAGUUGCUGCCUGCUGGCGAGGUUACGGCCGACUCCUGCUCUGAGGAUGAGAGCCUGUCCCCACCAGCAAGGAAAAAGAGGGUCCUGCCAUGCCAUCCUGUGCCCACAGCCUGCCGCAGCACUGAUGCCAAGGGAGCUCCGUUCUGGAAUCACCUGCUUCCUGCAGCCAAGAGCUCUGCAGACUGCACUGCGGUUGGGAGGAGGCUGAAGAGUGGGCUGCGCCUCAAAUCGCGACAUCUCCGGACCAGCCUCCGGAGGGGCACCAGGUCUCCCACAGUGCCCUGGGCCACCACCACUGUCAGCCAUGCUCUGCUGGGCAACUUUGAGGAGUCCAUCCUGAAAGGGCGCUUUGCACCAUCGGGGAGGAUCGAGGGCUUCACAGCAGAGAUCGGUGCCAGUGGCUCGUACUGUCCCCAGCAUGUCACCCUGCCCGUCGACGUCACCUACUUCGACAUCUCUGAACACAGCGCGCCCUCGCCUUUCCUGGGAGUGAUUGACUUGGAGGCCUUGGGAAAGAAGGGUUACAGUGUCCCCAAAGCUGGAACCAUCCAAGUGACCUUAUUUAACCCCAACAAGACUGUGGUGAAGAUGUUCUUGGUGACGUACGACUUCCAGGACAUGCCAGCCAACCACAUGACCUUCCUACGCCAUCGCAUCUUCCUGGUGCCCGUGGGGGAGGAGGAGGGGUCCACGGUGGCCCCCAGUGACCCACUGGGCACCAGCCCACCCCGCAGGGUCCUCUGCUACCUGAUGCAUCUAAGGUUUCACAGUUCCAAGUCGGGGAAGAUCUACCUUCAUGACGACAUUCGGCUGCUUUUCUCCCGCAAGUCGAUCGAAGUGGAUUCGGGGAUCCCCUACGAACUGAAAUCCUUCACAGAGAUGCCCAGGCACCCCUGCUACUCACCCCGGGCCUGAUCUUCUUCACCCCCCACCCCCCAAGGGCCACUGGGGGAGCCUCCAGCCCAGCACUUAGGGGGGAGAUGAGUAAAGGGGCAGCAAGCACUGCUUUGAGAUAUCCCCCACCCUCCUGACCAGCACGGACACCACGCUCUGCAGCAGGGCUGGGAUCACCCCGGGGGCUUAACCAAGAGUGGCAGGGGCUGAGGAGCAGCCCUGGCACUCCAGGGACAUGCCCAAGCCUUCUGCUGGCACUGCUCCCAGCUUGGAGACUGGGCUGUGGCCGAGGUGGGUGGGUGGGGAGUGAAGAGUUGGACUGGGGCUGUGGGUAAGACCAGCCACACUAGUCCCGGGUCUGGAAGUAGAAAAUGUGGAAGAGUUUGUAUUUAUUAGUAUUUAUUGUUACUGGGAGUGCAGAGGAGGCUGGUGCAGAGGAUCAGAGGUUCCGUGCUUGUUCUUCCCCCCAGCCCUGCCCCCACCAGGCUGCCUGUGUUGGGACAGGGCUGUGGGGACUGUGAGGGUGACUCGGGACAGGGACACCUCAGCCCAUGGAAGGGAGAGUGACCCACUGCUCACCAGGGUGCAGCUCCCAGGCCAGGGCUGUGUUAAACACCCUAUGACAGGCUCAGCCUUGCUGGCACCUGCUAUGCAGGGCCAGCCCAACUCAAAGCAGCUUGGGGAGGCCUGCACUUAUCUUCUGGGUCUUUUAGGGCAAACCAAACCCCAAGAGGCCUGUGGCUGUCAAGGAAAUGGCCACCGCCAGGUUCCUGAAGGUAAGAGACACAGCUGUCACGUGGAUGGGGACCUGGGGCUCUUUGCAGGAGUAUGGGGAUAGCCCUCUGGGCAAGAGCCUCCAGAGCACGUGUGCUGUGGAUCUGAGAAGAUUGCCAAAAAAAAAAAAAAAGGAACCUUGCACUGUCAGUGGGUGGGGGGUGAAUCCUAUGAAGGAGGCAGCUUUGGGCAGGGUCUGCUGGCAGCGUGGUCAGGGGCUGGAGGAUGGGCAGGAGCCCCAGCUUAGUUCCCUGGGAAGCAGGGAAGCAACAGAGGACAUCAAAUUCCAGGAGCUGGGCUGGAUUCUCAGGAGCAGGACUGGGGGGAAUCCAGAGAGGCGCAGGGCUGAGGGCAAAACAAGCUUGCACAUCCCGUGUCUGUAUCACCCCUCUGCCCUCUGAGCGUCUCGGCAAGGCUCCCCCUGCCAGCCCAGGCUCUGGGGAGCCUCAGCCCCUCUCUCAGAGGGAAGAAGAGGGUGACAGGCCCGACCCCAUCAACUCCCAGCCGUGGGGCUGCGACCCCAGUGCCGGGGCCUCGGUGUGGCCAUGGGCCAGGAGUGGGGGGUGUGGGGUCGAGGUCCUGCUCUCCCCUGCCCGGGGGCGGCCAAGGGGCUCCGGCCCUGCUGCACUGAGAGGUGGAGGCCUGAACCCGCCCAUACACUCACAGCGGGGGCCUGAAUCCCCCAAACCGUGGAUCUGAACCCCCCAAACACCGGGGGCCGCUCCUCCCCCUGCCCUGAGCAGUGGGUCCCGGGGGCCGCCAUGACACCGGAGUCCCCUCGCCCUCCGGUCACCGGGCCUGCCCCUGUCGCCGUGGCCCUGCGGGCUCGCGAAAGCCGUGCCGGUACUUUUUCGUGUUCCUUUUUAAUUUAAUAAACGUCCGUUUGGAGCUCCA